CCCGCGAGCCGGCGCGCCCGGCGGCCGCCUCUCGCUUCCCCGGGCCAUGGAGCGGCUGACCUUGCCUUCCGGCGGCGCCGCGGCCGUGGACGACUACCUGGAGUACCGGAGAAUUGUUGGUGAUGAUGAUGGAGGGAAACUUUUUACUCCUGAAGAAUAUGAAGAAUACAAAAAAAAAGUAUUACCGAUGCGCUUACAGAACAGGUUAUUUGUGAGCUGGCGAUCACCGACUGGAAUGGAUUGUAAGCUUGUGGGGCCAGAGACACUGUGUUUUUGUACACAUAGGUAUAAACAACAUAAAACUGACUUUGAAACGAUUCCGCAGCAGCGCCCCAUUAGUCUCCCUUGCCGAGUGACCGGCUGCCCAUGCAGGACUUACCUCUACGUCCCUCUGAAUGGCACGCAGCCCAUUCGCUGCAGGUGCAAGCACUUUGCAGAUCAGCACAGUGCUGCGGCUGGCUUUAUAUGCAAUGUCUGUUCCAAGUGUUCAGGAUUCCAUAGUUGCUUCACUUGUGCUUGUGGUCAGCCUGCAUAUGCUCAUGACACAGUAGUGGAAACUAAGCAAGAAAGACUGGCUCAGGGAAAACCAGUGGGACAGGAUGUUCCUUAUGCAGCGAUGGGAGGCUUAACUGGCUUCAGCUCACUGGCAGAAGGCUACAUGCGAUUAGAUGACAGUGGCACUGGUGCACCUUCAAUUGAAUUUUUAGACUCUCCAGUUACAACCAUGGACCACCCAUUUCUAAACACAUUUCAAGCAUCAUCUAGUUCUUCUCCAGAAACACUGACAGAUGUAGGUACAAGUAGUCAAGUUUCUUCCAUAAAGAGACCUGAGGAGGAUGAUAUGGCUUUCUUUGAAAGACGAUACCAAGAAAGGAUAAAGAUGGAAAAGGUUGCUAAGCAGAAAGGAAAAGCACCAUUGCCAUCAAGUACAAAACCUUCAUGAAGGCUAUUGGGAAAAUUAAAACCAUCAUCCAAAUAGAUCUUGUUUGUGUUUAUUUAAAUAUAAUAAUACACUUUAUUUUCUCUCAAAUUAUUUACUACUCUUACUAUGUAAAAAUGUCAUUUUGAUUGUUUCCUUUAUUUAAACAAGUGAAAAUACUUUAUAUUACUUUUGUCAACAUUCAUGAUUUAAUAUUUUGUAUAUAUUUUUUAUCUCUCCUAACAUAUGAGGUUAUUUUCAUAUUGGUCAAAGCCUGAAAAUACAGUAACUGUUUUUAGUUUGUCAUAAUUUAACUUUUUGAGGCUAUUUAAAAAAUUAAACAUAUUAUUGGGGGUCUUGAACAAAUAUAU